AAUCGUCAGACCUUGCUUCCCUUUCUCUUUGCUUCCCAAACCACCAAGACUUCGCCACAGCAUUGCGAAGGUCACCUCGAGCUUCGCCUCGUCGAUCGUCUCGUCCUUGUCACCUACGCUCCUUGAAGGCCUUUUGUACCCCAGUGACACACACGCCCGCAGCCAGCGUUCAAUCGACUGAGCGCAACAGCAGCAGCAGCAUCGUUAACGAAGAUUAGCAGCUUGGCCCGACCCGCCAAUCUCACUGCAUCACCACCGCAUCAUCCCAUACGAUCCUUUCCAUCCCUUUCUUGCCUCAACGUGACGACGACGACGACUUAGGACGCAUCGCCGAACUCGAGAAGCUACUUAGUACACGCAUCUCGACGCCACACCGUCGCGCUCCUCGUCGGCAUCUCGUCCCCUCCUCCAACACCAACACUACCAACACCACUUCGACCCCGCACCCGACGCGCGCACAACUUCACCAUGUCGGACGCAGAAAAGAGCAAAUCUAGCAAUGCCGGUCGCGGCCAGCAACAGCAGCGAGGCUCUGGCGCAUCAGCACAUGCUCCCUCUCGCUCCGUCAAUGCGGCCUCUCCACCCGCGGGCCGUCGCGGCGGCAGCAACCCGUCCGCAACCUCUGGACCUCCUCGACGAGGCCAUCAGAGCCAGUCGUCGCUAGGCAGUGCGCCCGGCCAGGCUGACCCUUCGCAAGCCAUGAAUCAUCUUCAGCAUCUCAUUCAGGACAUGAAGGUCCAGCAGCAGCCAGGAGGCUCUGCCGCUGCCUCGUCUGCCUACAGAGCAGGCGAGAGGGACGCUCAAGCUGGCCUAUCUGCCCUUGGCGAUCGCCUCGCUGCCCAAGAGGAGCAGCUCCAGACUCAGCUUCAGCAGCAGCUCAACCUCCAGUCUCUCUCGUCGCGCCCUGGCGCACUCGCUAGCGUAGGAGAGCACGCCGAGAUGGGCAACGAGGGCACACAGCAGCCGCCAAGUAGUGGACGUCAAGGUGGUGCUGCACCCCGUUUCGCAGGCAACGCCGCCUUUCAAUCAGCCAUGGCCCGUCACUCACAGUCAGGUCGCAGCCAAAGUCAAGACAUGCGCUCUUCUCUGGCUCAUCAGCGACAGCUCAGCCUUCAAGGUAGAUUCGCAGAGCUAGGCUACACUCCGGCGGCCAUGGGCAAUCUCGGUACGAUUGCAGGAGGCGACUACGAGGACGGCACGACUGAUGACGGCAGCUCCGUGGGCGACUUCAUGGGAGCUGGAGGCUUCGAUCCCACCAGGCAGUCAUUCACGCGCGGCCAUAUGCCCCACGCCAGCGUCCCGUCAUACCCCACCUCUCAAGACUACGUCGCCGAGCAGCUGGCUCUCCAGCAGCAGAUCGAGAUGCUUCAAAUUCAGCAGCAGCAGCUUCUCCAGCAGCAGGUCCAGUUUAAUCCGUCGGUACAGAUGGGCGGGCAGCCGCAAGUGGACAGGCCCAGCCAUCACGGCAUCAGUGGCAUGGCAGGCCAUCGUCGUAUCCAGUCGCAUGCUCCUCAGCUGAAUGCUCUCCACAAUUUCAACGCGGGCGGUAUUGGCAGCAUUGGCUCGGUCUCCAACCAACAAGCACCGGCAGCUGGACGUGGCCACAAUCGCCGCCACUCGACCAACGUCGUCAAGGCUGGCGGCGCUACUGGAGCAGGCGCGGCCGACUUGUCUUUGAACCUCGACACAGCCCCCCUGAUGCAGCCCAACAUGGGCUUCUCGUUCCCCAACACAGCCUCCCUUCAGCAGCAGCAGCAAAUGCCCGCGGCUGGUCUUCCUACUGCUGCCGGUUCUCAGCGAGGCAUCGGGCACGUGAGCCACCCCUCAGUGCAGCUCGCCUCGACGCUCUCUCCCGAAUACCUCAUGGCUGGUGGCGGCCUACUUAAUCUGAGCUCGCUCACGACCACCGGCACCGAGCUCGCCGACGGCUUCAGCGCUGGACGAGGAGGUGGGCAUGGCCGUACAGGCAGUCAGAGCUGGCGCAUCAAUGGCGCGCCGGGCCCCGCUCCCGUCGCGGACCUCGCGCAAGCACAAGCUCAGCUCGCCUCUCUCCACCAGUUCCGUACACAGGCUGGACCAGGCGGAGGCGGACACGCUAAGCAGCAAUCUUACAGCGGCGCAGGUGGCUUCCCGCCUCAUCUGAUGGGCCAAUUCAGCCCAGCUGGCGGCUUCAUGCCUCCAGGCCAGCAGCAGCAGCACCAAGGCGGUGGUGGUGCUACCCAGCGCAAGGCUCUUUUCGGAUCCUAUCUGCCCCAGGCUUCGCUCCCCCCGCUCCUCGCCGCAGGGAAGAUCGUCGUCGGUCAGAUUCGCGUCGACAAGCGCAACCGCUCGGACGCAUACGUAUCGACCGAGGUGCUCGAAUCAGACAUCUAUAUUUCAGGCUCGCGCGACCGCAAUCGGGCUCUAUCUGGCGACAUCGUAGCCGUAGAGCUGCUCGACCCGCAGGAGGUCUGGCUCAGCAAGAAGGCGAAGGAGGACAAGAAGAAGUACAAGGAAGAGCAAGGCGCUAUCAGUCGUAAGCCUGACAAGGCCAAGGAUGACGUCGAGGUCGAGGGAGCUCAGCUUGGACUGAUCACGGAUGAGGAAGAUACGGAGCAAGCUCCGCCCGCAUUGGCUGGUCACGUCGUCGCUAUCGUCGAGCGUACGCCCGGCCAGCUCUUUUGCGGUACCAUUGGCUUGCUUCGACCCUCAUCUGCCGCGACCAAGGAGAAGCAGCAGGCUGAGCGGGCAGCUCGAGAGGGCCCCGGUGCAGCGGCCGGCGACGAUGGACAGUCGCAGCAGAGGCCCAAGAUUGUGUGGCACAGACCCCUCAACAAGACAACCCCUCUCAUUGCUAUUCCUGCUGACCAGGCUCCUGAGGCAUUCUGGGAACCCGGAGGACAAGAGAAGUAUGCCUCAAUCAUGGUCAGCGUCGCCAUCAAGCGCUGGCCUAUUACGUCGCUUCAUCCUUUCGGCACGCUUAUUGAAGAGAUUGGCGUUAUGGGCAACGUCGAGGCCGAGACGCAGGCCAUCCUGCAAGACAAUCUCUCGUCGGCGACGGAAGAGUUCUCGGAGAGCGCUCUCAAAUGCGUGCCUCCUUCUCCCUUCACGAUCCCUGAGCGCGAGUAUGAGGUCAGACGCGACUUCCGCCAGAGUUGCGUCUUCACCAUCGACCCAUCGACGGCCAAGGACCUCGACGACGCCGUGAGCGUGACACACCUGGAUGGCGGCCUCAUCGAAGUCGGCGUCCAUAUCGCUGACGUGUCACACUUUGUCAAGAUGAAUUCAGCCCUCGACCGCGAAGCUCGCAAGCGCUGCACUUCCGUUUACCUUGUCCAGCGAGCUAUUCCUAUGUUGCCGCCCAGGCUUAGCGAGGAGCUUUGCUCGCUCGUCCCCAAUGUUGAGCGUCUCUGCUUCUCGGCCGUAUUCGUCAUGAACAAGGACGCGCGCAUCAUCGGCAACUGGUUUGGUCGCACCAUCAUAAAGUCUUGCGGCAAGCUGGCGUACAGUGAUGCGCAGUCUGUCAUCGAGACUGGCUCCCUACCCGAUGAAGUUGGCAUUGAGGGUCCUCACACCCGUGAGAAGGUUGCUGAGGACAUCACGACUCUGCAUCAGCUGGCCAAGAUCAUGCGCGAGCGUCGCUUCGACGGCGGAGCCCUCAAGAUCAACAAUGUCAAGCUCAACUUCAAGCUCGACGACGAUGGGCUUCCCAUCGAUGCUUCGGUGCACAAGGGCCAAGAGGCGAACCAGCUGAUCGAGGAGUUCAUGCUCGCAGCCAAUACAGCCGUCUCUCAGCGCAUCGCGGCCGGGAUGCCCGACCUGGCAUUGCUGCGUCGCCAUGGUGCACCCAUCGAGCGUCGCCUCAAGGGCUUUGCUCGUCGCGCCAAGCAGAUGGGCUUCGAUAUCGACGUCUCUUCUGCCGGGGCCUUGUACGCUAGCCUGGAGAAGAUCUCAGACCGCAAGAGUCGCUUCGCCCUCGAGUCGCUCGCUACCAAGGGCAUGCUGCGCGCCAAGUACUUCUGCGCGGGUAUGACAGACAUCUCCAAGUUUGGGCACUACGCGCUCAAUGUUCCCGUGUACACGCACUUCACCAGCCCGAUUCGUAGAUACGCGGAUGUCAUGGUUCACAGGCAGCUCGACGCCGUGCUCAGCGGUGCGUCCUCGUCUUCAUCCUCGUCGGAGAGCCCGAGCAUCAGCAAGUUUCCCAUCGACCGCGAAGGCAUGGCCAAGAUCGCCCAGCAAUGCAACGUCAAGCGCGACGCGGCCAAGGCUGCUCAGGAGGCCUCUCAGCACCUCUUCCUCUGCCUUAUGAUCCACGAUCUCACGAUGCGUUACGGACCCGUCGUGCGCGAGGCAACCGUCGUCGGCGUACUGGACGCGGCCUUCGACAUCGUUGUGCCGGAGUUUGGCAUUGAAAAGCGCGUUCAUGUCGACCAGAUGCCCAUUCAGCACCAUACGCAUCAGGAACACGACAAUUCUCUCAGCGUUUACUGGAGGCAGGAGGUGGACACUAUCCAGUGGCUGGCAGAGAGCAGCGACGAUGCGAGCGUCAAGGCACUUUGGCAGGCAGCGCAGAGGGCGGCGGCAACUAGCAAGUCUGACAGCGCAGCGCCAGCUAUCGAUGAGUCCAUGCAGACGCAGAGAGAUGAUUCUGCUCUCUUUGAGGACGACGACGAUGACGACGACGGAGACGCUGCUGGCUUCGCCUCGGCGCAUGCAAAGGGCAACGGUGCCAUCCGUCCUCGUGUCGACGCUGCUACGUCGGCGCAGCAUUCCAAGAGCAAGUCGACUGUGUCGGGUCAAAAGCUUACCUUUGAGGGAUUGAGCGAACCUGGUGCGGGGCAUCAUAAGGUGCAGACGGUUCGCAUUCUGCAGACUAUCCCGGUUGUCAUUUCGGCGACGGUGGGGAGCAAGAGUCCGCCUGUCCUGACUGUAUUCGCGGUGAACCCAUAUGCUUAGGCGCGAGAAGGAGGAGGAGGUGGAGGAGGAUAUCGGUAGGAGUCAGAGAUACACGAUGACGUGGGUCGUCGCUUAUCUAUCAUCACAUCGUAUCGCGACCGCCAUCACAACAAUUGCCUCUUUGUCAUCAUCAUCAUUAUAUAGCGUCGCCCAAAACAAUCAAUCCCAAUCUCAUCAAAUACUUCUGAGGGCG